AUGGCGUUCUCGAGCCCGGAGGAGAAGAAGACGGCGUCGGAGAUCGUCGCCGCGCUGGAUCUGCAGCGCCACCCCGACGGCGGCUUCUACCUGGAGACCUUCCGCGACCCGGCCGUCUUCCUCCUCAAGUCCGCCCUCCCGCCCCUCUAUAAUGUGGACCGUGCUGUGAGCAGCGCCAUCUACUUCCUGCUGCCUGCUGGGGAAAUUGCUUGGUUGCACCGCAUCCCUUGUGCUGAAACAUGUCACUACUACAUAGGAGAAGCUCUGACAGUCUGCAAACUUAUCUGACAAAUGAGAUGUCUGAUUCUUUAAGAACACUGCUCAGAGCAUCUGUUCAUCCAGGUGUUUGAGGUGCAUGAUGAUGGACAAAUCAAGAUGACAGUCGGUGGUCCUGAUAUACGACAUAGCCAGAGACCACAAUACACGGUUCCUCCAAAUGUAUGGUUCGGGCCUUCUUGACCUGCGGCAUCGAGUCCUUUACCGCAGAUGGGAGUGUGUUUGUCAAGACUCCUGGAAGAGACCCGGCACUCAUUAUUUGUUCGUUGGUGUGACCUGUGUGCCCCGGCAUUCCAGUUUGAGGACAAUGAACUAGCAACAUGUGAGAACAUGAAAGCAUUGGCUCAACACGUGAGAACAUGAAAGCAUUGGCUCCUAGGGCUGAAGCUUUCAUCAAUUUCCUUGUACCACCUUAUAUGGCCCUACCAGUGCAAGUAGCUUGCUCUACUGAAAAUCGUUGUAUGAUAUGAAAUACUUUUAUAACUCGCAAAACCAGUUUAGUACGGAAGUCGAUGUUGCUCUUAUGCUUUAGUCCUAAAGCCUGGGUGUUGCCGUGUGGUUUGUUACAUACUCUCUGGAUGAUUUCAGUUGCUGAGAAGCCAGGCAAGUUGUACAGGAAACAUCAUAGUUUGAUAAGCUCUAUCCAUGCAGGUUACACU